AUAGAGGAAAUUGACCUGCCUGUGAGUUUACACAUUCUCUGCAUGUUGCUAGGUAACCGCCUAUUUGAGACUCCAGAAAUUGACAACGCCAAGCACACUCGGCACACUCCGAAGCAGCAGGCUGACCUGUAUGCCCUUGACACAAGCGAAGCUUGGCGAUACACGGACCGGCGAGCACAGCACACGAGUGGACCACAAGCAAGUCGGUGAUCGACAUCAGGCAUGUCGAUGCGUUCUACUAGUGGACCAGUGGACGUGCGGAGACGCAGCAAAACCAAGAACGCCGUCCAUCUAGAAUACCUCCCCGACACAGCGAAGGUUCUGAACCUCAGCGGCGCACACCUGCGACCAGACGCCUUCAAGUUCCUGAAGCGCUACAGCAUCACGGGAGAGAAGCUGCACACAUCCUCGUUCCGACUCCUGCACACGCUCGACCUGUCAGAGUGUCGGUUCAGCGAGGCCGACCUGUGCAACAUGUGCGAACGAUGCGGCAUGCUGCGAACACUGCGUCUCAACUGGUGCCAAACCUGGGAUAACGGCACCGGACUGCUACUAACGAGUAAACUACAGCACGUCAUGUAUGCGCACCAGCACCUCAUCAGGCUGGAAGUGAGAGGCAUCCUCAUAGAGCGCUACUCACGCUUCCUCGCGCGCAUGGCCCGCAAGCUCGAACACCUCGACAUGGGGCGCACCCUGCUGGCGGCGAAGCUGCCCGCGACCCGCGGGGAUGGUCGCCUGCGCUCGCUGUCGCUGCGCGGAUGCUGGCGCCUCGACGACCGCAUCCUGCGCAGCAUCGCGCGCUGCGCGCCGCUGUCCGGCCUGCGAAGCCUCGACGUGCGAGACACGCCCGUGACGCCGGACGGCGUGGCGGCGUUCAGCAAGCGGUUUCCUGACUGUAGCGUGCAGCACGGCCUCUUGUACGGCCCGGCGGGGGCGCGCACAACCCCGGCAGGGGCCCGCACAACCCCGGCAGGGGCGCGCACAACCCCGGCAGGGACGCGCACAACCCGACGGGAACGCGCAUAA